UCCUCUUGCUUUGUGAAAAUCACAAUCGAUGUAUUUAAAGAAAAAACUUUCAAUAGAAUUGUUUUUUCCUUUCUCUCCUUCUCAAGAAUCUAACCAUAUUUCCUCAUUUUCCGAAGAAACAGAUGGCCCAUCUAUGACGAUGAUGAUGAUGAUGAAGAUGAUGGGAUGCUGAUGAAGGGCAAGAAGAGGAUAGGGAGAUGGCGAGGUUAGAAUGGGCAAACCAGGGGCGAAAUGGGAAGUUCUGCUCUUACAAGAGAACGACUGUCGUCAUCUGCUCUAUCAAUGCCGUCGCUGCUCUCUACGUUCUGCACUCUCUCUACACUUCGUUCUUCAUACUCUCCAGCUCCGGCGAUGCAUCUCCUCCUUUUUUCGGUGCUGUUAAAUAUAACGAAGACCAAAUUAGGAAAAUGCAAGAAUCGAUUCGGAUCCGGCAAGCGUCGGAACCCACUGAACUUGUUAGAUUAGUGAAGGGAAUCAAGGAACAAUUCUCUAGAGAGGAGAAAUUGUUGAGUCUAUCACGGUCCAUGAAGCGGUUGAUAGCUGAUGAGGUUCUUCAACAAUUGAAAGGGCUGAAAGCUAAUGCGAAUGUGAGUGAACAAAAAGAAUCCCUGGAAAUAUGGCGCAAGGAAAAGCUUGAAGAAGCUAGACAGUUUGUGCUUGGGAAUGCAACAUCAAAUUCAACCAUCCCGGCAGAAGAAGCUAAGAUUCUUGAAAGAGUCUUGGAGUCUGACUGGUUCUUGCUGCUGGAAGACAUUGGUGUCUGGAUGCCAGCAGAAAUUAUUCACAAGGAAAGCAAUGACACACUUGAGAAUGAGGAAGAGCUUGAUGAAAUCGUGGCUGGUCGACCACUUCCACCUGAAUGCCAUGCUGAGGCACAUACAGAUUAUGAUGGGGCAGCUGUCAGAUGGGGUCUUACCCACCAUAAGGAAAGUGCUGCUGACUGUUGUCAGGCUUGCUUGGACCAUGCUAAACGUGCAAAGCCGGGUGAAAUGAAGUGUAACAUAUGGGUUUAUUGCCCAGUUGAGAAUGGGUGCUAUUCACCGGAUAUUUAUGUACACAAACAUCAGGAGUGCUGGCUGAAACAGGCAGCAAAACCAAGAUUGAACUUCAAAGACAGGUAUUCCGAAUCUUACAGAAACUCUCACCCAAAAGCUCCAGUAAUUGUUCCUUGGAUGUCUGGUAUCGUUGAUUAAUGAAUUUGUUCUUCUUCACAUCUUGCCUCGAGUGUGGCCUGUUACAAAAUGUGACCUGGGCCACGGAUUCUGCCAUGCUACUGUGUCAUAUAAACUGCUGAUGUCUGCGCAAGGUUGCUGAAAAUCUCACCCUUUUGACCUCUCCGCGUCAUUCCUAGUUUCCAUUCUGAUGUUUAUCCGUCCUUGUAAUUUUCAGCAAGAGCCCCAUGUUGAUUUAUUGGGCUUAAAUUGAGGAAUCUCAUACCGCCGGCAGGUUUUUCAAACGAUGUGAGCUACGAAUUUUGAUAGAUGUAAUGUAUUCACUAUUUCUAAUUAAUUAAACGGGCCACCAAUCAUUCUUAAGCUUGCUGCUUAUCGAUAUCUGUAUGGUUUUUGAAAGUGUGCAGCUUGUUGUGGCUGAAGAUUUUAAACAAUCCUUUAAUGUUACGUUUGAAGUACGUGUAUUCA